UAGACAGACACCUUGAAGGAUGGGGAGGAAAGUCUUGCAGAGUUUCGUCCCCUUGGCUCUUUUCUACGCCGCAAUAGCAGAUCAAGAGUCACAAAAGAGUUAUUUCAAUGACAAGCUGGUACAACUGAUACCAAAUACUGAUGAACAGGUGACCCUCCUACAGCAGAUGCAGACGACAGAAAAUGUAGAUUUCUGGACAACGCCCAAAAAGAAUGCACAGGUUGACGUCUACGUGCAAAGCGAAAAGUUCGGGGAUUUCAUGAAGAAAGUCACAGAUGCCAAAAUCCAUCACAACAUCCUAAGUAACAACCUACAGAAGAACAUUGAUGAUGAGAAAGCUGCAAUGAAAACCACGGCAGAGGAGGGAGGCGACACAGUGGUCGGAAACUACGCUACUUAUGACCAGAUCAAUGCCUGGAUGUCACAGAUGGCUAUGUCCUACCCAGACCUGGCGACCGUGGAGUCCAUUGGUCUGACUUGGGAGGGUCGUGAAACCAAGAUGAUGAAGCUAGGAAAGGAAAACAGCAUGGGGACCCCAAAGCCGGUCAUCUGGAUAGAAGGGGGAAUUCACGCCCGGGAGUGGAUCGUUCCCGCCACAGCUGUUUACAUCAUAAACAAGUUGCUGGAAGAGUAUAAUGUAGACGAGAAGGUGACGUCAUUGAUGAACACGUGGGACAUUCACAUAGUUCCGACCGUUAACCCCGAUGGAUACGUCUUCAGCCAUGAGCGGGACCGACUGUGGAGGAAAAAUCGACGCCCUGCGGAACCCGGACCGGGGAAAAAAUGUGUGGGAGUGGACGGCAACAGGAAUUUUGACAUCGACUUUGGGAAUGAAGGCGUAAGUUUUGAUCCGUGCAGUCAAGUCUAUCUUGGCCCCGCCCCUUUUUCGGAGAAGGAGACACAGAACAUCCGGGACGCUGUGAUCGCUGAGGGGCGUCGUAUCAAGAUUUACCUGUCCUGGCACUCAUACUCUCAGCUGCUGCUUGUACCGUGGGGGUACACCACGGACCUACCGACCGACUACCAGGAACUGUAUGACGUAGCCGUUAUUGCUGCCGACGCUUUGACGUCUGUGUACGGCACGGAAUACAUCGUGGGGAAUGGACCGGAGAUUCUUUAUCCAGUUUCGGGAGCCGCUAAUGAUUGGGCGAAAGCGGUAGCCGGUGUGAAGUAUGCGUACGCGUAUGAAUUCCGACCGGCUACACUGGUGAAAAGGUCUGGCUUCAUCCUUCCUCCAGAGGAAAUAGUGCCAAACUCCGAGGAGGUAUUCGCGUCGUUGGUUGCCAUGGCAGAAGAAGUAGCAAAAACCUUAUAAAUCAGAGAAUAUCACGAAAAGGAAUGCAAUUGAAUUGUUUUGAAAUAAGAAUGUACAUUUUUUUUUACAUUAAUUGGAGAUUUCGAUGGCUUAUAUUUUAAUUAUUGGACCGUCAUUAAUAAAUUUUUAAAGAAUAA